AUGAUAUGUGGCACCCUAGAAGUCCCACUGGACUACGCAGAUCAAACCUUCAUCAAAACCCUAACUCCCCAGCUUGUCAAGAUACCUGCCAUCCAGAAACCACACGGGAAUUCAGUUCUGCUCAACUUCGGUGGCCCGAGAGAGGACUCCACGGUCUAUACGGCUGCUCUUGGAACUGAGAUUCAAGCGUGGCAAGACAUUUAUACGGAUGUGCCUGAUAGUGUCCUUGUGGCGUCGGCAGGACUGUACCGUUCUCAAUGCUACAAAACCCUGGUUGAGAGAGUGAUUGCAAGCAUGGAAGCUCCGUCCUAUGACAAGGCGUCCAACACAGUCUUGGGGUGGCUCUGGGCGGCGGGAACCAAUUAUGCGAAUGCAUGCUAUGCGCGCAUGAACGAGACUGGUAGUUCCCAGACAGAACGGCGACAACCAGGAGCGAUAUUCCAUGCCAUCUAUAAUCCAGCGGACUGGCCAGACCUACUGGACUCGCUCUCUACUGUGAUGACCCGAGAAGUAAACGUCAGGGCUUCGUUGUCCCACUCCAGAACCCGCUCCGGGGCAUCAAGUGUGGCGACAAGACGCGGUGAACCCUAUGUGUUGGCGCAAAACGUGAGCGAUGGUCUGGAGAGGAGUGUUCUUCGGCCUAAUGGAUACAAACAUGGCUCUAUCGCGCAUCUGCAUGAGCAUGGUGGUCCGGAGCUAUUUCCUGCAUGGCAGGUUGCCCCCGAAAGGGAAGGUUUGCCAGCCGAGCCUGUUCUCGACCGACGCCUCACUCGGGCCCUGGACUAUAGCCCUAGACCAAAUAUUAGCUAUAAGAAUAAUAACAUCCGAAGAACAAUAACAAUACGACUCUCGCUCACACACACCCUCUUUCUCUCCCCUCCCAGUGGAUCAAUGGCUGUCUGUCGAUCGCGCCCCGCCGAGUCUAGCCCGCGCAGUUGUCCAGCCUCGGGUUGUGAUACGCCCGUCUCCCUGCAUGUGCGGAUUCUAGAAACCGCAUGGCGUGACGGUAUUGACGGGUGGUACACCGCCAAUUGA